AUGGAGGAGCAGCAGGCAGAAAUGGAGAUUAAUAAACAGAAAAUCGUGGACGAAUGGGCGAAAUUAGAAGCCAAACAGGAUUUUAUGAGCAAUCAUCCCGAGCUGACGUCAGGGAAAUUUUCAUCUUCAUUCACCGUCAAACAUGCCCAAAACUUGUGGGCUGAAGUCACUGGAAAACUCCACGAAAUCCCAGGUGCCUUCAAAACUUGGCAGCAAUGGCGAAAAACCUGGCAGGACAUUCGAUCAAAAGUGAAAGCAAAAAAUACAAUGCUGAAAAAUCACAGAAAUGCUACCGGUGGAGGACCAGUGUCAAAUGAAACACUGACGCAAACAGACGAAAACGUCAUGGCGAUCAUGGGAACAACAGUCAUAGAUGGGCACGAUGGCAUUGCUGAAUCAAGCGUUGAAUUUGCUCAGUACAGGUUGGGAUAA